AUGGGUGACUGUACAGCUACAACAACAUCUGUAGUAGAAGAAAGGGAGGAAGAAGAUUUAGUUGCUUCUGUUGAAGAAAUUGUGAAAGCAUUAGAAUUGAAAAAGAAGCUUUCAGCUGAUGCCAAGAAGAUAUUGGCCAAUCUCGGUUCCCGAUUAAUCAGCAUUAGCCGAGCCGCCGAUGAAAGUGAAGAUGAAGAAGAGCCCGAAGAAGAAAAAAAACAACACGUCGACGUCGAACGCCAGCUGGACACGAUUCAGGACAAGAUCAUGUACUGGGAAAAGAAUCAUCAGUCCAUGAUAUGGGACUCCGGCCCUCAAGAAGCUCACGAGUAUCUCGAAUCCACCGACCAAAUUCGGAAAAUAAUCGAUGAAUUGGAUAAAUCGGAAAACGACUCGUUUUCCAGCAACUCACUGAUUCGGGCCCACGACUUGCUCCAGCUGUCGAUGUCCCGACUCGAGGACGAGUUCCGUCACCUUUUACUGCACAACAGACAGACUCUCGAGCCCGAGCACGUCUCGUUCCGCUCGAGCGAGGACGAAAACAUCGAUUCCUGCUCGAUUAUCUCCUCCGGCGACGACUCUGUCGACAGCACGCCGACGGGCCUCCGGGCCCACGACGAGUACGCCACAAUCGAGCUCAUUCGCCCGGAAGCAAUCUCCGACCUCCGAAGCAUCGCGAAUUCGAUGUUCGACUCGAGCUACGGCCGUGAGUGCGUCCAGGCGUUCGCGAGCGCUCGGAAAGACGACGACUGCCUCUCCGCGCUCGGUUUCGAGAGGCUCGGCGUCGAGGACGUCCUGAAGAUGGAGUGGGGCGCCCUCGACUCGAGGAUCCGCCGUUGGGUCCGCGCGUCGAAGCUCUUCGUCCGCGUCCACCUGGCGGCCGAGCGGGCCCUGGCCGACCGGGUCCUCGGGCCCGCCGGGCCCGCCUGCUUCUCCGAGUCGGCCCGGCCCGCUUUCCUCUCCCUGCUCGACUUUGCCGACGCCAUCGCCGCCAUCGGGCCCCACGGGCCUGAGAAGCUCAUUCGGAUCCUUGACAUGCGCGAGGCCCUUUCGGGCCUCGGCCCGGACUUGGAAACCCUCUUCGGUCACGGCCCGAAUGCUAUUCGGGCCGAGUGCGCGGACGUGCUAGCUCGGCUCGACGGGUGCCUUCGGGCCACUUUCCUCGAAUUCGAGACGGCCGUGGGGUCGAACGUCUCGUCGGGCCCGUUUCCCGGCGGUGGGGUCCACCCGCUCACGAAAUACGUCAUGAACUACAUGCUAACCCUAACGGACUACGACGAAACCCUAAACGAGGUCCUGCGGGACCCGCAAGGCCCGGAUCAAGAAGAUGGGUCGACAAUGGGUCGGCACUUUCGGGCCCUUACGUUGAUUCUCGAGCGGAAUCUGGAAGGGAAAUCGGGCCUGUACAGGGACGAGGCCCAACAGCACCUUUUCUUGAUGAACAACGUGCAUUACAUGGCGGAGAAAGUGAAGGGGUCGGAGCUGAGGAAAGUGUUCGGGGACGAUUGGAUAAGGAAGCACAACCGGCAGUUCCAACAGCACGCAGUGAAUUACGAGCGUGCCACGUGGAGCUCGAUUAUUGGUCUGCUGAAGGACGAGGGCUUGCAGAAUCCGGUUUCGAGAGGGGUUUUGAAGGAGAGGCUGCAGAGGUUUUACGGCUCGUUCGAGGAGGUUUACAAGAGCCAGACGGGUUGGUCGGUUAGGGACGGGCAGCUUAGGGAAGAUUUGAGGAUAUGGACUUCGCUUAAUGUGGUGCAGGCUUACAGGACUUUUGUGGGGAGGCAUAUGAAUCAUGUUAGUGAGAGGUAUGUGAAGUACACGGCAGAUGAUUUGGAGGAAUAUGUGCUUGAUCUUUUUGAAGGGUCACAGAAGUCUUUACAUGGGGGGCACAAGAGGUGA